GUGACGACACUCAACGUGUUUCGCUUGUUUUGAAAUUGGAAGUUUGCAGCGCUUCUGUGCAGACCAGCGUCCGCUAAAGACAAACAAACUGUUGCCUCACGUCCGCGCGUGAAGACACGGCGGGAAAGCGCCUUUUCCAGCUGGGGAAAAAUAUGGAUGUUAUUCCCAUCUGUAGUAUUUUCCAGGAGCUACAAAGUGUCCUUGACACGGGAUACCUGUCCGCAGUACCAUCUCUAGAGGAGUACUGGCAGCAGACAUGUCUUGAGCUUGAGCGCUAUCUACAAAAUGAGCCUUAUGUCUCUGCAGCUGAUCUGACAUCAGUAUGUGAGUCUGACAAUCUGUGGAACCAGUUUCUGCACUGCUGUGGGACUGAAUCGAACUCGUCCCCGACAGAAGCUUCCAUCCCCAAGCAGGACGGGAUCACUACGGCUUCCCAUUCACUGUUCGGCAGCUGUAAGAAGAUCAUUGCGUCUGCUAAUGUGCUCACACACACACUGGAUGACAGCAGAUCUGAGCAGCAGCAUGUAAUCACACACACGCCCCCAACGCCACCCUCCUCACCCUCAUUCCCUCUCAUGGAGGUUAAAGUAGAUACAGAAGGGGCAAGAGGGGGGGGGGUCACAGUUGAGGGGUCACCUGAAGGACGAAGGAGAGCUCAUUGCUGUUACUUCGACGGCUGCAGGAAGGUGUACACCAAGAGCUCUCACCUGAAAGCACAUCAACGCACACACACCGGUGAGAAGCCGUACAGGUGUUCGUGGGAAGGCUGUGAGUGGCGCUUCGCUCGAAGUGAUGAACUAACGAGGCACUUCAGAAAACACACCGGAGCAAAACCCUUCAAAUGCAGCCACUGUGAAAGGAGUUUUUCUCGUUCUGAUCAUCUGGCACUGCACAUGAAGCGACACAUCUGAAUGCAAAUCCUAAAGACUUGCACAGAAUCUCAAAGACCUGCACAUCUGGUUUUCUAUGUAUCCACUGAGUUUCAGUAUUGCAGAUUUUGCACGCUCUUGGUAAACGCAUGCUUUCAGCUGAACAUGGGUAAUAGUGUUCGUUCCCAUGCUGGUGACUUUUGACUUGUUCAAUUCAAGUUAUAGCAUAGCUAUAAAGGCAUUGAAAAUGCAAGAAACCUGGUACUGAAUGCAUGUUAACAUAUUUGCUGGCUUUGCAUAUCGCUGUGAAUAUAUCAUAAUUAAAUCAAAAAUUAUAUUUUGCAACAAAGCUAACUAACACUUUGCAUUAAUACACUGAAAACACUCUGCGCAGCUAAUGAUUUUAUAUCCAGAGCAGCUAUGUGUCCAUGUAGUUUUAUAAGAAGGCAUAUUUGUGACAAAUAAAAGUGUUAAUUGCUGCUAAUUACACUCAGAUUUAAAAAAAAAAAAAAAAAAAAAAAAAAAAAGUCACUGGGACAGUACCACUUCAUAAGGUACAUAUAGGGUAUAUAUAAAGGUACAAAUGACCAGCUUAAUCCAGCAGUUACAGGUACAUUAGUCCAGCUGUUAUCAC